CAUCCGUAAAACUUAUUUAAAAUAUACAUUUUUUUCUCAACAGUGACCGAGGAUUUGCCAAUCAAUGUAACACCUCACGAAUUCAUCACUGUGAAUAUGCAUAAGAAGAUUAUUCAAAGCAUUGUUCUUCCUUCUCUGGAUCCUAUUCAGCAUACUUUCAAAUCAUUCAAAGUUAUGCCCGUCACUAGAAAUAAUCGGGCAUAUGUAAAUGCUGGUUUCCUUUUGAAGUUUUGUAGAUCAAGUGAGGUUAUUGAAUCAGCUACAAUAUGCUUUGGGGGCAUAAAUCCUUUAUUUGUACAUGCUUCAAAAACUGAAGAUUUUCUUAUCGGUAAGCCACUUUUCACCAAUGAAACGCUUCAAGCAGCAUUGCACGAACUCUCCCAGGAAAUUCAACCAGACUGGGUGCUUCCGGAUGCCUCUCCUGACUAUCGUAAAAAUUUGGCUCUAUCGUUAUUUUAUAAAUACAUUCUUAGUAUUGCUCCUGAAAGCUCUAUCGUACUGAAUGCUCGUUUCAAAAGUGGUGGAACCAAUUUGGAACGCCCUUUGUCUUCGGGUAAACAGAAUUACGAUACAUAUCCAAGCAAAUGGCCUCUCACCCAGUACACGCCUAAAAUAGAAGGCUUGGCACAAUCAUCUGGAGAAGCUGAAUACGUCAAUGAUAUACCGAAGAUGCCAAAUGAGCUGCAUGCCGCAUUCGUUUUGGCUACCGAGAUACAAAGCCGAAUCAUCAAAAUAGAUGCUUCGAAAGCAUUGGUGAAAAAUAUUUAUGUUUGAAAAAAUAUUCUUUAGAUAACAUUUUCAAUUUCAGAAAUUGGACGGAGUUGUGGCAUUCUUUUCAGCUAAAAAUAUUCCUGGCAUUAAUAAUUUCAUGCCUCUUGAAUUCGGUAACGAAGAAGUUGAAGAGAUUUUCGGCAGCGGAGAAGUUGCGUUUCAUGGACAGCCCAUCGGAAUAAUAGUUGCAAACACGUUCGAUUUGGCAAACUUUGCUACUAAUUUAGUCGAAGUCAUUUAUGAAAGGAUUACCAAUAGACCAAUUUUCAUAACACCAAAAGAGGUUGUCAAGGCAUCAGCUAGAGAACGAAUAAUCAAUCAAAAUUUUGAUCGUUAUGGAAUGAAGUACGGAACGACAUCGGAAGGUCAUAUUCAAAUCAAGGGACAGAUGGAGCUAGGUGGGCAGUAUCACUACUCAAUGGAAACGCAAACUUGCUUUUGCGUCCCCAUAGAAGAUGGCAUGGACAUCUACGCUUCUUCGCAAAGUACAAACUUUAUGUUGGCUGCAGUUUCUCAAGCUUUGAAUGUACAGGAAAAUUCACUGAAUAUUAGCGUUCGCCGAGUAGGAGGAGCCUAUGGAGCAAAAUCAACCAGAGCUCCACAAAUUGCGUGCGCAUGCGCUCUUGCGGCACAUAUUCUGCAAAAACCUGUCCGCAUGCUUCUAACCUUAGAAACCAAUAUGUCCGCUAUAGGAAAACGAACAGGAACUUUUUCCGAAUAUCAAGUGGAUGUUAACCGAAGCGGCAGGAUUGUUAAAUUAACCAAUACUUACACACACGACGGGGGCGCCAUUUUGAAUGAGCCAUUGGCCUUCCUUACUAGUGAUUUGUUCAAAAAUUGUUAUCGGACGGACUCUUGGGGAUUAAUUGGUAACAUGGCACGAACAGAUGUGGCCACCAACACCAUCUGCCGCGCUCCAGGAACCAUGGAAGGUAUCUCAAUGGUAGAAAACAUCAUGGAACACAUCGCACAUGUUACACGAGAGGAUCCUUUGGAUGUCCGAAUGCAGAACAUUCCGAAACAAAAUAAGAUGUACGAGUUAUUGCCAAAGUUCAGGAAAGAUGUUGACUUCGAUGAACGCAGAAAGACUGUGGAUAUGUUCAACAUACAAAAUCGUUGGCGCAAACGAGGAAUAGCUAUCAUACCUAUGGAGUACCCGAUGGAGUAUUCUGGUACUUUGAAUGCCUUGGUUUCCAUUUACCACAUUGACGGAUCAGUGGCUAUCACUCAUGGAGCAAUUGAAAUGGGCCAAGGAGUCAAUACAAAAGUGGCACAAGUAGCAGCACAUGUUCUAGGAAUACCUAUGACCAUGAUUUCUGUUAAACCGAGUACAACACUGACAUCACCCAACUGCGCCCCAUCAGUUCACAGUAGAACAAGCGAGAAUGCUGCAUUUGCUGUAAAACGAUGUUGUGAAAUUCUAAUGGACCGUCUUCGACCCAUUCGUCAAGCGAAUCGAAUGGCACCUUGGGAAGAGGUCGUAAACCGAGCUUUUGUUACAAAUAUCGAUCUAACCGCCUCUUAUUUCUAUGAGCCGUCCGAUCUCAAAGCAUACGUUAUCUGGGGCUUGGCCUGUGCGGAACUGGAAGUCGACAUUCUCACCGGCAACAUUCAAAUCAACCGAGUAGAUAUUCUGGAAGACGUUGGCGAGAGUAUGAAUCCGGGAAUCGAUGUUGGCCAGGUGGAAGGUGCCUUUAUAAUGGGAUUGGGUUAUUAUCUCACAGAAGCAUUGGUUUAUGAUCCAUCGAAUGGAGCGCUGGUCAAUAACCGGACGUGGAACUACAAGGUUCCGGGAGCGCAUGACAUUCCAAUUGAUUUUCGUAUUCAAUUUCUAAAGGGAAGUUCUAACCCGCACGGCGUUCUAAGAUCAAAAGCAGUUGCAGAACCAGCGCUUAGUAUGAGCCCAGUGCUGACGUAUGCGCUUCGGUAUGCGCUGCGUUCAGCAAGGAAGGACGCAGGGCUACCAGACGAUUGGAUUCCAAUAGGCUCAGGAACGACCCCUGAAAAAAUAUUUUUAUUAUCUGGGAAUCAAAUCGACCAAUACAAGCUAUACUAAAUAACCAUAAACGAUAAUAUAUUGUCUCUGAUUGUGAAUAUGAUUCAGCAUUGUACGUGAAAUA